GUGACUGAGACCCGAACUGGACCUCUUGGGUGUAGUAACUAUGAUAACCUCGACUCGGUUAGCUCUGUGCUUGUUCAGAGCCCUGAAAACAAAGUCCAGCUGCAAGGCUUGCAAGUGAUCCUCCCAGACUACUUGAGGGAAAGUUUCGUGCAGGCUGCGCUGAGCUACAUAGCCUGCAAUGGAGAAGGCGAGUUUGUCUGCAAAGACAAUGACUGCUGGUGCAACUGUGACCCCAAGUUCCCGGAGUGCAACUGCCCUUACAUGGACAUCCAAGCCAUGGAGGAGAGUUUGGAGCGGAUCACGGAGACGUGGGGGAUGCUCUAUAAAGAAUUUGAGGAAUCAGAAGAAUUCAAGGCCUUCUAUGCCAGGCUGCCCCAGAGCRACUUUUUGAACGUGUCAACGAUCCAACACUUGUGGUCCUUGGACAGCCUGUUUCAGUGGCGAUAUGAGCAGCUGGAGAACAGUAUGCACAUCCUYUCCAAACGAGCCCAGAGAGUCAUCUUCAAGCUCUUCAGUCUCAGUAAAAGAUGUCACCGACAACCCCAAGUCCGCAUUCCACGAGAGCGGCCUCAGUCCUUCUGGUUGGGUCAUUUCCAGUCUCUCCUGUAUUGCUCGGAGAACAACCAGCUCGGGGUAUUCUCCGAGGAGCUCCACAGCUGCAGCUGCCGAUACGAGCACAGCCCCUGUCAGCUGCCUCCCCCCUGCUCCGUCGGGGAAGGCUCGUCCUGUGCAACGUGCGCGGCAGACAACCACACCAGAUGCGGGAGCUGCAACCCGGGCUUCGCGCUGACGCAGGGGCUUUGCAGACCCAUGGUGGCAGACUCUACGGAGAACUACCUGGGCUUUGAGAUGGACCUCCAGGAUUUGGAGCUGGGCUACUUACUCCAAAGAGCAGACCGCAGGCUAGAGGUCCAUGCAAUUUUUAUCAGCAACGACAUGCGACUUAACAGCUGGUUUGACCCGUCGUGGAGGAAAAGGAUGCUGCUGACACUGAAGAGCAACAAGUACAAGUCCAACAUGGUCCACAUGCUGCUUGGAAUAUCCCUCCAGAUCUGCCUUACAAAAAACAGCACCCUCGAGCCUGCGCUAACUCUCUACAUCAACCCGUUUGGAGGGAGCCACUCUGAGAGCUGGUACAUCCCCGUCAARGAGAACAGCUUUCCGGACUGGCACGCAAGCAAGUUGGACCUGCCCUUUGAGUGUUAUAACUGGACUUUGACGUUGGGCAACAAGUGGAAAACCUUCUUUGAAACCAUCCACAUUUACCUUCGCAGCAGGAUAAAGACUCACGAUGGAGUGAAUGACAGUGUUUAUUAUGAGCCCAUCGAAAUGACAGAUCCUGCUCAAAGCCUGGGUUACAUGAAGAUCAACAGCAUCCAGGUCUUUGGCUACAGUAUGCACUUUGACCCAGAAGCCAUUCGUGACUUGAUUCUGCAGCUGGACUACCCGUACACACAAGGCUCCCAAGACACGGCCAUGCUUCAACUCUUGGAAAUACGUGACCGGGUGAACAGGCUGUCCCCUCCAGGUCAACCAAAGCUGGACCUGUUCGCCUGUCUCCUUCGUCACAGACUCAAACUGACUCCCAGUGAGGUGGUCCGCAUCCACGCCUCUUUACAGGCUUUCAGCUCACGCCUGCCCAAUACAGUGGAUUACGAGACCACCAAACUGUGCAGUUAACAGUCAAAGAGAAUUUCAAAAAGGCACCAAGAAGAACUACUGUUUUUUCUGUGGUGCAGAGUCAUACAUAUGUUUGGGUCUCCAAGGAUUACCAAACUCUCUGGUUAAUCAAGAGACAACCAGCUGUGGACAGCUGAAGAAUGUACUCAUUUGGUUUUAUUAGUUCUUUAUGGAAGCUCUGCCUUCAGUGAUACYUACAGAAAUGGGCUGACUUGAUGAGGAAAUACAUAACUGCUUCUUCAGAAUAAAAAAAAAUCUUAAAAACAUUGAUAUAGGGAUUCAGAAACGCCACAUAAAGUUGAACCAUUCUGUUUUAAGACGACUGCUCAUUUCUACUGUAAGUACUGACGCCAAAUGAACGGACAUUUUAUGAUUAAAAUGGUACUGUCUGUUUGUUUGUAAUUUUUAUAUGUUCCUUUGCUUCAGUGACAGUGCACUUUCCAUAAAUACCAGAUUAUAGUGGUGUAAAACAAGAUUUUGUAGAUAAAUUGAUAUUAAAACAUCAUGUUAUAACAAAUUGGAGGUUUGUCAGUUUUUUAGUCUUUCGUAACCMUUUCUAAAUAUACUUUCAYUUUAACGAAAUAAGUAUUUAAAGAGAUCCCCGAUUAGUUGUAACAUUAGACUUUAUUUGAUAAACAU